UUGACUGCGCAGCCGACCCUCUGCACUUUCCCUCUUCUCCCUGCUUCAUCAUCGAGACGCGGACUUUCCCCCCACAUCAAGUGCAGCACCACCAUUCUUCCCCAUCGUCGCCGUUGAUGUGCGUUCAUCUUACAACGAGAAGAUGAGAAAAUGAGCGAUAAGGUGCCUGAACAUCCAUCCAUCCGACAAUAUUCCCAUGCUGAUCGUGCUGCAGCCAAGGCACAGCCACAAACCGAGACACACUCCAUGAGUUCCAUCGAACUCAUCGUCGCUCAACCUCGUUAAAGAUCAACAAAACAAUCGGAACAACAGAUGCUACCUCUUUCCUGUCCCCCGAUUGUUUGCAAAGCGGAGCGAUCGCUGACCGUGGCGAAUGGAAACUACGGCCAGAUAUCCCUGGACCAGCCGCGAACCGAUCUGGACACCAUCACCGACGCAGUCGUCAAUCAACAAACCAAUAGAACAAUCGCCUCCCUCUCCCUUUAUUCCAUGUAACCACCUAGCUGAGCCACCGUUGACCAUCGUCGACCGUGGAAAUCAGACAUUGCGAGUGACUCUUACUGUCACUGCACCAGCGCCGACCCGAUAUUAUAUACUCCAUAGCUCAAAACCGCAGAUCGUUUCUCAACGGUCUACAGUAGACCCCAUGUUGCUCGGACACGGCUCCCUAGACGCACUAAAAUCUGCGGACCCAUCAGCGCUCGAAGGAAAUAGUAUCCGCAUCGCUAUUGUCCACAACAUUCUUUCUUAUCGCCUCACAAAUCGAACGUCCCCACACCUGUCAAUCAAAUGCUCUAGGAAAGAUCCCAAGAGCGCUCGAACUAUUAGACCGGUAAAGAUUUCCAUGCUCCAGAUGGCAUGUCACUUCUUGUCAAAAGUACAUUGUCGACAAGAGUCGAUGUUUGUCUUUCCUAAGGACAGUGCAUGACUGCUGUGCUCACUACUUGAGCGACGAGUGCUAGGCCAUGCUGCUUGGCUUACACGCAUGUACCGGGAAAGGAUCUGGUAACUUCGUGGAACGGAACAAUAGUCCCAUG